AAGGCCGGCGGGAUGGAGGCUGCGGGACCCGCUCCUGGCUGCGGGUCCUGGUGAAGCGGGGCAGGAGCUGGAGCCCGAGCGGGAGGCUCAGGCGGCACGACCAUGGCCACCAUGGUGCUUACGCGGGAAGAGAAGCUGAGCCAGGAUGAGAUCGUGCUGGGAACCAAGGCCGUCAUCCAGGGACUGGAGACUCUGCGCGGGGAGCAUCGUGCCCUGCUCGCUCCCCUGGUCGCUCAUGAGGCGAGCGAGGCCGAGCCAGGCUCUCAGGAGCGCUGUGUCGUCCUGCGCCGCUCCCUGGAGGCCAUCGAGCUGGGGCUGGGGGAAGCCCAGGUGAUCCUGGCACUGUCAAGCCACCUGGGGGCCGUAGAGUCAGAGAAGCAGAAGCUGCGGGCUCAGGUGCGGCGCCUGGUACAGGAGAACCAGUGGCUACGGGAGGAACUGGCAGGGACGCAGCAGAAGCUGCAGCGCAGUGAGCAGGCCGUGGCCCAGCUGGAGGAGGAGAAGCAGCACCUGCUAUUCAUGAGCCAGAUCCGCAAGCUUGAUGAGGAUGCCUCCCCCAAUGAGGAGAAGGGGGAUGUCCCCAAAGACUCUCUGGAUGACCUGUUCCCUAAUGAGGAUGAACAGAACCCAGCCCCCAGCCCUGGAGGAGGAGAUGUGGCUGCCCAGCAUGGGGGCUAUGAGAUCCCAGCACGGCUCCGUACACUGCACAACCUGGUGAUCCAGUAUGCCUCGCAGGGCCGCUAUGAGGUGGCAGUGCCACUCUGCAAGCAGGCGCUUGAGGACCUGGAGAAGACAUCAGGCCAUGACCACCCUGAUGUGGCCACUAUGCUGAAUAUCCUAGCGCUGGUCUAUCGGGACCAGAACAAAUACAAGGAAGCUGCCCACCUGCUCAAUGAUGCCCUGGCCAUCCGGGAGAAGACACUGGGCAAGGACCACCCAGCUGUGGCUGCAACGCUAAAUAACCUGGCGGUUCUGUAUGGCAAGCGGGGCAAGUACAAGGAGGCCGAGCCACUGUGCAAGCGGGCGCUGGAGAUCCGGGAGAAGGUCCUGGGCAAGUUUCACCCAGAUGUGGCCAAGCAGCUCAGCAACCUGGCCUUGCUGUGCCAGAACCAGGGCAAGGCUGAGGAGGUGGAAUACUACUACCGGCGGGCACUGGAGAUCUAUGCCACACGCCUUGGGCCUGAUGACCCCAACGUGGCCAAGACCAAGAACAACCUGGCUUCCUGCUACCUGAAACAGGGCAAGUACCAGGAUGCAGAGACCCUGUACAAGGAGAUCCUCACUCGUGCUCACGAGAAGGAGUUUGGCUCAGUCAAUGGGGACAACAAGCCCAUCUGGAUGCACGCAGAGGAAAGGGAGGAGAGCAAGGAUAAGCGCCGGGACAGCACCCCCUAUGGAGAAUAUGGCAGCUGGUACAAGGCCUGUAAAGUAGACAGCCCCACGGUCAACACCACCCUGCGCAGCUUAGGGGCCCUGUACCGGCGCCAGGGAAAGCUGGAAGCCGCACAUACACUGGAGGACUGUGCCAGCCGCAGCCGCAAGCAGGGCCUGGACCCUGCCAGCCAGACCAAGGUGGUGGAACUGCUGAAAGAUGGCUGUGGUGGGCGGGGAGAGCACCGUGGCAGCCGAGAUGGGGCUGGGGUUGCCAGGCUUCGGUCUGAGUCUGACCUCGAGGAGGCAGGGCCUGCAGCCGAGUGGAGCGGGGACGGCAGCGGCUCGUUGCGGCGCAGCGGCUCCUUUGGGAAGCUCCGGGAUGCCCUGAGGCGCAGCAGUGAGAUGCUGGUGAAGAAGUUGCAGGGGGGUGGCCCCCAGGAGACCCCUAACCCCAGGAUGAAGCGGGCCAGUUCCCUCAACUUCCUCAACAAGAGCGUGGAAGAGCCAGUCCAGCCUGGAGGCAAGGGGCUCUCUGACAGCCGCACUCUCAGCUCCAGCUCCAUGGACCUCUCCCGACGAAGCUCCCUCGUAGGCUAAUCCUGAAGGGACAGCCAGAGCCUCCAGCUGGCACGGGCUCCCACCCCCACCCCACCCCAGCCCUGCGCAUGGGCCCGCUGCUUGUCCUGCCUGUCUCUCCCAAGGACCCGUCUUUUCUGUUCAAUCUCAGGGUAACCUCCUCCCUUGUCAUCUCAGCCUGAGCCCUGGAGGCUGGGCCCGCCCGCUCCAGCUCGUCCCCUUAUUUAUUCCUUCCGAGGAACCCCCUCUUCCCUAAGUCAGGGCCAGCGGGAGGGCUGACUGGAGACUCAGUGGCCCGCCCUCCCCAGACCCCAGAGUCAAGAACACUAAGUACCUGCGUCCUCUCAGUACCCCUGCCCACCCCCCGGCCGCUGCUUCUGUAUAUAGAGAAAUAAGUUAUUGGCCGCGCCCCUCCCGUCAGUCCACGGUACUACCCGGGCCUCCCCUCGCCUCGCCCUUCUCUAGUGGUACCGCCCAGGCCUUAAUCACUGCCGUUCGCGCGGUGGUGUCUCCCAGGCUCCACAUUCUCCGGAUUGGCGCCUCCCCAAAGGGUUCCCUGGACCUCGCGCUCUCCUGGCCUCUGAGGGAUGCGCCCUGCCCCGCCAUCGCCGUGCCCCAGGACCCCGCCGGGCCCUGCUCCGCAUCUCGGCCUUAUGCACUGUCCCUCGCGCCCGGCCCCGCCCCGGGUGCCGCCCGUCAGCCUCCUGCCACGCCUCCCAGCCGACAGCUGCUCGCGAAGGGCUGCGAUGGCCCUGGUGGCAGGAGGGCUGCACCGGUCGGGGGAGGAGGCGGUCGCUCUCUAUUUUCAGAUUUUGCUGUAGAAAUAAAGACGGUUUGAAUCAGA